CUAUUCAUCUCCAGAACUUCUUUCCAUUCCUCGUCUUCCAUCACACUGUCGUCUUGUCUACCUUGGUAACUGCUGCGUCCAAAAUCAUCACCCACACCAUGGCGCUCAAGACCCUCUCCGCAAAGGCUGCCGCUGCUCUCGACCGCGAGCUCAUGAGCACGGGGGCCUUUUCCAUCGACCAGCUCAUGGAACUGGCAGGCCUCUCGGUCUCCCAAGUUGUCGCCCGAGUCCACCCUACCAAGCAGGGCCGCCGAGUGCUGGUUGCUGUUGGCCCUGGAAACAAUGGGGGUGAUGGCCUCGUGGCUGCUCGACACCUUUUCCACUACGGCUAUCAACCUGCCAUCUACUAUCCGAAGCGACCCAAGAACGAUCUCUAUCAGCGCCUGGUCAAACAAUGUGAAGACCUAGAGAUACCCUUUGUCGAUGAUUUUUUCGCGGCUCUGGAGUCUACCGACCACGUCGUUGAUGCCAUCUUUGGUUUCAGUUUCUCUGGCGAGGUGCGCGAGCCGUUCCCUGCCGUCAUCAACGCCAUGGCCGAGACAAAGGUUCCAGUGACCUCGGUCGAUGCUCCAUCGUCGUGGGACAUUAACGAAGGACCGCCCAAGUCCGGGGUGGGCAGCAACUUUCACCCUAAUGUCUUGGUUAGCUUGACGGCUCCGAAACCUCUGGUCAAGUACUUCAAGGGCCGGCAUUUUGUAGGAGGACGGUUCGUCGCUCCGUCGAUUGCGAAAAAGUACGACUUUGACGUUCCCAAGUAUGAGGGUAUCGACCAGAUUGUCGAGAUCACCGACAACCAGGUCAAGAUUUAA